AUGGGGACUUAUAUUGAGUCUGGUCCAAUGAUUCAGUACAUCGGUAGGUUCAAUAGCAGUCUCGGCAGAUAUUCAGACGAGGACAUGUCCAAUACGGAGCCCGUCACCUUCAUCUCUGCAAAGUAUCUUCUUCUGGAGGACAAACUUGCCGGCAAAAAGCACCUAGGGAAUCACUACAAGAGAACGCUCCGUGAAGUGUUAUAUGGUUAUGAAGAUGGGACAUCACAUGAUACCAGCCAGGGUGCCCAGAAUGUCGACCUAGGCGGAUCUAAGUCUUUGUUGAUACAAGCAUCACAAGUUUGGACUUUAGUGCUGGGUUUUGACUUGAUCAUCACUUACUCUGGAUUGUCCUCAUCAGAAAUGCAGCAGAAUCUCAUCUCGAUUAACACGACAACGUCAUCAGAAAGGACAUUCACAAUCAGGCUUAUCGAUGAGAAAGACAUGUGCCGUUACCAUUUGGUCAUAAAUUCAAGCUGGAAGUACGUAGGUCAAAAGCGAUCGAAUGUGACGGCCUAUGUGCUCGUCAACCGAUUUGGUCUGUUGUUUACCACAGAUAUGUGGCUAAACUUGCUUUCCGAAGCUUCUCGCCACAACCAGCCGGAGUAG